GCCCUGGGCCAAAGGCAAGCGCUAAACCGCUGAGCCACCAAGGCAUCCUAUCUGCAGCCCCUUUUAACCUCUAAUCUGUGUUCUGUCUUCAUGACUUGCCUACUCUAGAUAUUUCAUAUCAGUGGAGUCGUGUAAUAUUUGUCUCUUUGUGUCUGGCUUCUUCCACCUACCAUGUUUUCAGAGUUCACUCAUGUUGUAGCAUGCCCCUGAAUUUUAUUCCUUUUUGUGGCUGAGUAAUGUUCCAUUGUAUGUAUGUACCAAAUAUUAUCUGUUCAUACACUAAUGGAAGUUUGGAUUGUUUCCACCUGCUGGUUACUGUGAGUAAUGAUGCAGUGAAUAUUGGUGUGCAAAUAACCAAGUCCUUAUUUUCAGUUCUUUUCGGUAAAUUCUGCAGCAGCUACAACAUUUUACAUUCCACCAGCAAAGGAGGAGUUGCCGAAUUUUCCACAUACUUGCCAGUACUUGUUAUUCUCUCGUUUUAUUUUCAUUCCGCCUUCUCACCACUUUGUUUUUAGUAUAGCUUUCCCAUUUAGGAUUGUUUUCUCACUGUGGGUUUGAUCUGCAUUUCCCUGACGAUUGAUGAUGGUGACUGAACAUCUUCUCAUGUGGCCUCAGCAAUUCCAUAUGAAUUUGAAGAUUGAUGUUACCAUUCUGCAAAGAAGGCUGUUGGAAUUUUGAGAGGGAGUGGAUUGAAUCUGCAGCGGCCCAGAAGAGCAUCAAAGAAGUUGGACGUGAGCUGACAGAGUUGGUGGAACAGCUUGUAGGCAUUGUCAGGAAUCUUCAGAGUCAGAAACACCUUCCUGAAUCUGGACCAGAAAAUGAAAGGAGCACCCUGAGCAUGGGCAUGUCUUCUUCUGAUGGGGCGGACCUUGCCUUGGCUUCUUCAAAGCCAGUGACUUCUGACACACCUGAGAGAAAAAUGAAAGACAUUCUGCAUGACCUAGAAGAAAUCCAGAAAAAAUUACAAGAAAACUUCACAUGGAACGGGGCCCUUGAAGAACAUCUGCAGGUGGAACUCCAGGAAGCUCCAUCUUCUUCUUCACACCCAUUGCCUGACCACAGCUGCCCAGCCCCCAGGAGGGCCUUCCAGUUUGCUCAGUGGGCCAUCAGCCCAACCUUUGACCUUCGCAGCCACUCCUGUAGCUUGGAGGUGUCCGAGGAUUGCCGGGUGGUGACUGUAUCUCACUGGCCACAGACCCAUCUCUGGAGUCACGAGAGGUUUGUGACCUGCCAGGUCUUAUGUUCCCAGGCCUUCUCUUCUGGGCAGCAGUACUGGGAAGUGGACACUCAGCAUUGCAGCCACUGGGCAGUUGGGGUAGCUUCCUGGGGGAUGACGCGUACCCAGAUCCUGGGAAGGACCAAGGACUCUUACUGUGUAGAGUGGAAGGGGAAUAGCCAACUCUCUGCAUGGCACAUGGUCCAGGAAACGGUCCUUGGCUCAGACAGACCUAAAGUGGUGGGCAUCUGGCUGGACCUGGAGGAGGGAAAACUCGCCUUCUAUUCAGUGGCUGACCAGGAGACGCUGCUGUAUGAGUGCCCAGUCUCUGCCUCUUCUCCUCUGCACCCCGCCUUCUGGCUCUAUGGCUUAAAUCCUGGAAACUCUCUGACUAUACGGCCAGUAAAUGUGUAAAGGUUCCCUGGGUGUUAAAACAUGGUGGUGGUGUCCUGGUCUCCCCCUCUGGUUCUAAGCCAGUGGCAACUUGACAAGAAUCCUACUUCUCGAGUUAACGGGUGUGCAGUAAAGGGCUAACUGCAGGCUUGGGAUGUUCAACUGCACAUUCCCAAGAGAGCAUGGGUCCCUGACUGGCUCCUGGGAGGCAGCCUCUAAGUGCUUGGCAUAUCCUGCCUGAUAAGAGUAUUUUGGUUUACCUGAGGGCCUUGGGCCAGAAGGUAUCAGCUUGACCUCUGGAGGGGCUGGAGACAAAGGCCUGCCUAUGUGACCGACACCAAGGCACCAAGGCUUGGGUAAGCCACCCUGGUUGAUAGUCCUCCUUGUAUAUUGUCACAUGCUGUUGCAUGGGGAAUUAACAUUGUCCUUGUGACUCUGUGGGGAAGGAGACUUGGGGUCUCUUAGCCUGUUUCCUAUGUGCCUUUUUCUACUGCUGAUUUUAAUCUGUAUCCUUCCACUGUUAAUAAAUUGUAACCAAGACUAUAA